UGAGACAUUUAUAACACAACGUCAGCCCUGGCAUCAAUCUAGUCUGGAAGCGACAGUUUGGGACGGAGGACUACCGCUGUUGGACUCUCUUUUUGGUUAAACUUGCUUUCGGCUUCUCCUGACACCGAUCUGCCCCUUUAUUUUGCCGGAGUACAAGCGACAAGCUUGAAAUUAUCUGAGAAAGAUGCUGCUCCUACUACUGGGAAUCAUCCUGCUGCACCUUGCUGCUCUGGUCCUCCUGUUUGUGUCAACAAUUGUCAGCGUAUGGACAACAGGAGAAACUGGUACCUCAGACCUCUGGUUCAACUGUUCUACCACCAAUGGAGGAUACAGCUGUAACCCAGCAUCAGCCGGAGAGUGGAUUCAGGCUGUCCAGGGUCUCAUGAUCCUCUCCAUUAUCUUCAGCUGCCUGUCUCUCUUCCUCUUCUUCUGCCAGCUCUUCACUUUGCAGAAGGGCGGGCGCUUUUUCCUCACCGGAACCUUCCAGAUCCUUGCCAGUUUGUUCGUCAUGAGCGCCGCCAUCAUCUACACCGUCAUGAGUCCGGAAUGGGUGCCGGAGAAAGACACCUUCGGCUACUCCUACAUCCUGGCAUGGGUGGCCCUCCCCCUGGCGCUCACCAGCGGACUCAUCUACGUCGUCUUAAGGAAGCGAGAAUGAGACAUUGUCCGGUGUUCCCAGUGACGCCCCCCUCCCCCUCUAUCUGCAAGUGUUACUAGUCCCCCUCCGACGUUGUGAAGCCCGAGUACUGGUGCCACCCCAAGGGGGAGUAAUACCAAAAACCUACAUGAAAACACCAAUACUGUCUCAGUUUAAAGAUGUAUAUAGUAUCUAUGGUUUAAAACCUAUUUAUAACACUUUUUACAUAUAUGUACAUAGUUUUUGUGUUGCUGUCAGUGGAUACUACAAGCUUUAUUUGAGCUGAUAAAAGUGCCUCAGUCUUUGUUGGUAAUGAUGAAAUAAUUAUUUACUAUUUUGUUGUGGGAUUUUUUUAAACAUUUUUUUUUCUCCUUUCUGUUUUAGUAAUUGCCAAAUUAGUAAAGAAUUAGUAAAAAAAGGGAGGGAAAAAAAGUUUCUUGCAGUAUAUUAACUAAAGUGCAUGUAUAGGCGUAGAAGGAUUGAGCAGACUUUUCUUGAUCGGCUUGCUUUACAAAUGGAGUGGUAACAUCCGUAGCAGAGCCAUUCAAUCUAGAUUUGGUCAUUUUCUAUUUGUGAAUUUGCAAGCUCAAGUGUUUUUAUUUUCGGUAUUUUUCUAUAUCUUAUUUUUAACAAAAGAUGGUGCUAUAUAUAUUUAUCAUUCCUUUUAGUGAUAGCGAUCAUUUACAGCAGAGUUACUUUAUUUAGAGUCAGCUUGACAUGUUUUUAAAGAAUCAGACAAAGGAACAGCUUCUUUAGGGAACACAGCUUUAUUCACUCUGCAGUGUUGGUUUCUUCUUUUUCUUCAGCCACUGUAAGCAGGGAAUAACUAAGGUGGAGGCGGUGCAUUGAUGACAUCAAAGUUGUUUGUAAUGUCAGUAUUAUUCUGCAAGUUUUCCAAGAGUUGGAUCAAAGAGGAAAAUGUUUAAAUGAGCUUUAUUUUCAUUCUAGUUCUCUAAUCUAGUUGCCUGAAUUUUCCAUGUUUGUGUUCACCUCUGUUGAAGUCUCAAGAAGCCAAAUUGCCUUUUUAGUGAAUCAUUUUAGAGGAAAUAGCACUGUGGGGCAUUAUAGCCAAAGGAAAACAAGUAUAUUUAACGAUUCUAUUACUAAAUGCCACCAAGCUGAAGCCAUAUGAGAAAUUAGUAGAUGUUAGGACGACAUAUUUAGUAUUAACUCUAAAAAAAAAAAAAAGGACAGAGAGGUUUGCAGUGACGAUGCAAAUGUGUUUCGCAUACUUGAAGUUUGACAUUCAGUCUCUGCCCACUGACGUCAAGAUGUUUUCUCUUCCUACUCUACUGUAUAAAACACUGUUUUAAUGUUGUGAAUAACAGCUCUUUAUGACACUCUAUCCUAAAACACCCACUAAAUAAAACCACAUAAUCCAAUACUGUGUAUUCCACUGUUACAAGGGACUGGUUUCGCGCUAACACUUGCGAAGCUACAAGUUGCAUAUUGCAGAUGUCGUUUUUAAAGCCGUUAAAUACCUGUCUGAGCUGCAAAAGCAUGGUGUAGAAAGGUUUGGGAAUAGACUCCGAAAUGAAAGCCAGUUCUGAACCAUCUGUGGCGAUGAAUCUGUAACUGACAGCAGACGCAUGUUCAGGAGACGGAUCACACAUGUCAGAGCUGAAACGCAGCCGGGUCCAUUCCUGCGUACACUUAGAUCUGCCUUUACAGUAUGUGUUGGUCGUUGGUGGACGACUGGCCUUGUGCAUGGGGUUGCAAAUUCUGCAUGUGACUCGCGUCGCCCGUAGCGGGCCAAAAGCACGGCCGGCCACGCCAGUCAUCCAAGACAUGCGGCUCAUGUUUCAGAGUCAUCACUCUCUCAUGACAUCACAUACAUGAGGACUUGUUUAGACACCAUAAAACAGCAUCUGUCCUCUGCUUGACAUCUACUGGGAGAUUCUCUCCUCCUCCAAAACGGAGCUGUGUUGAGGUUUAUGGAAGCGUUUCAGUCAGAGCUUGUCCGCUGUGGUUUCCAGCUGGUUAUUGGGUUCAGUUAGAAGAGAAUGCCUCUAAUGACAACUGCCCUCAUUACUGUCCUUUGUAAAGCCUUUCAUUGUCAACACUAUGUUUACACCUAAAGCUCCAAAUGUUCUUCUUACAAAAGCUACUUUGAGUUUAAUCAUUAAAGGAUGUUUCUUACCACAAAUACUGAGCUUAUUGCGUCUUUCGUGUUAACUACAGUCAUGUGAUGAAUGAAAUGCACUCUUAUUAUAGUCAAAGGUUUUACAUAUAAGGGUAUAAUAGGAGAUCAUGUGAUGUUGUCUAGGUAUGAAUACAACUGCACAUGAUCACAAACCCAAUAUAAACCAUUUACUGCUUAUCAAGUACUCUUGAUCAACUGAACAUCUGCAAGUGUGAGUGCCUCAAUAAAGGCAAAUGUUUUGGCUC